AUGGCUCCACCCCCGGAGCGUUUUACUUCCUGUGAGAGGGAGCAACCGGACACCAUGCCCAAUCCUAAAACAGCCAAAUCUUCCGCUUGCAAACUAACUGAAGAGCCAACGAGGAAGAAUAUGUCAACUAGCAAAGAAGCUAACCAGGCAGCUCAACAGCACGAGAUACCUGCUAGCGACUCUGACUCCCUGGCCGCCGAUAUCUCUCAAUCUGUCAUCGAGAGGAUUUCAGCCCUGAUGGAUAAAAAGUUUGCGGAGUUUGCCACCACUUUGAGCAACAUCUCUGCUAAACUAGAAGCCAACACGGAGCGCAUCACGGAUGCAGAGCACCGCAUUUCAGCAGUGGAGGAUGACGUGUUGGCGGUGGAACCCAGGCUGAAAGAGCUGGAGUCAAAAGUGCGUAUUCUGACCGAUAAAUGUAUCGACUUGGAGGGACGGAACCGAAGGGAUAAUAUCUUGAUUUUUAACCUCAAAGAAGAUACGGAAGGCCGACAGCCAGUUUCAUUUUUUGAGAGAUGGCUCCCAACUCUUCUUGGCUUGGAGUGUAAGCGGGGCGUCAUUAAGAUCGACCGGGCUCACCGGAGCCUUGGUCCGCCGAGACGUGACCGGCCGCGCGCUGUGAUCGUUAAGCUACAUCACUCCAGAGAUACAUCCAGGAUCUUGGCGGCCGCAAGGAAGCAGCCUCCGCUCACAUACGAAGGCCAAACGAUCAUCAUCAGACAGGAUAUGUCUGCUGCUGUCAAGGAUAUGCGCCGUGCGUUUAAUGAGGUGUGCGAACUUCUUAUCAAGAAGGAUAUUAAAUUCUCCAUGAGAUACCCGGCUGUUCUAUCUUUUUCGCACGGAGGGAAAACCCGAUCGUUUCGCUCACCCAAGGAUGCACUUGCUUUCCUGGACGAACUGAACUGA